UCCUCUGGAAAUGGCGGCGAGAUGUACAACAGACUUCAAGCCGGUUAGUCAUGUCAUCUUUGACAUGGACGGCCUCCUCCUGGACACGGAAAGACUGUACACUCUUGUGUUUGAUGAAGUCUGUGGCCGUUACAAUAAGAAGUUUACAUGGGAGUUGAAAUCCAUGAUUAUGGGUAUGCAGACCAUGGUCGUGGCCAAAAUUAUUUGUGAAAAACUGGAGCUUCCAAUUACUCCAGAGGACUUUGUGAAGGAAUGUUCCCUUAUAGAGAAACGCUUGUUUGCUUGUGCAAGCUUAAUGCCAGGUGUAGAGCAGUUAGUUCGCCAUCUCACCGAAUACAAUGUGCCAAUCGCAGUGGCUACCAGCUCGCCGAAGGAAAAGUAUAACCUAAAGACAUCCAGGCACAUGCCGAUCUUCUACUUAUUCCACCACAUUGUGUGUGGCGAUGACCCUGACGUCAAGAAAAGCAAGCCUGCUCCUGACAGCUUCCUGGUCUGUGCUAAGAGAUUUGACCCUCCACCACCUUUUGAAAAGUCUUGAACAUAUUCAACAACU